GCAGUUCUUCUUCAUAGACCAAUCAGAUAUGAGUUGUAGUUGGUGCUAAAGGGCACACGACGCUCUUAUUCUCUCUCUCUAUAUAUAUUUAUUUUUUUAGACUUUUAUAUUUCAUUACCCCAUUUUAGUAUUUUUACAAGAUGUCGUGCCUUUUGCUUGGACUUAUCAGAAGACGGGGUGGAGUGGGGACAUCCGUGGGGGUCCGCUCCUUAGCCUCGACCCCCUCCCUGCCGCCAGCGGUGGCUGACUUUGUGAAGAGGGCCGUGGAUGAGUGCAAGCCUGCCAAUGUGCAUGUGGUGACGGGGAGCGCGGAGGAGUCCGCUCACAUCCUAGCUGGCCUGGAGAAAGACGGCAUGGUGAAGAGGCUACCCAAGUAUGAGAACUGCUGGCUGGCACGUACAGACCCCAAGGACGUGGCUCGGGUGGAGAGUAAGACUGUGAUCGUCACCAAGAACCAGAGGGACACCAUCCCUAUCCCCGAUGGGGGGGCUAAGAGCCAGCUGGGCAGCUGGAUGAGUGAGGGUGACUUCCAGAAGGCCAGACAGGACCGCUUCCCAGGCUGCAUGUCAGGUCGAACCAUGUAUGUGAUCCCCUUCAGCAUGGGCCCGGUGGGCUCUCCGCUGUCUAAGUUUGGCGUGCAGGUGACAGACUCACCCUACGUGGUGGCCAGUAUGGGCAUUAUGACGCGCAUGGGCACCCCCGUCAUGGACAAACUGGCACAGGGGGCAGAGUUUGUACGCUGCCAGCACUCCCUCGGUCGGCCCCUCCCACUGAAAGCUCCCCUGGUCAACUCGUGGCCGUGUAACCCAGAGAAGGUGCUGAUCUCCCACCUGCCAGACACCAGGCAGAUCCUGUCGUUCGGCAGUGGCUACGGAGGCAACUCCCUGCUGGGGAAGAAGUGCUUCGCCCUGAGGAUCGCCUCGCGCAUCGCCAAGGACGAGGGCUGGCUGGCCGAACACAUGCUGAUCCUGGGCAUCACCAAUCCUCAGGGAGUGAAGCGCUACGUGGCGGCGGCAUUUCCCAGUGCCUGUGGGAAAACUAACCUGGCCAUGAUGAAGCCAGCGCUGCCUGGCUGGACUGUGGAGUGUGUAGGAGACGACAUCGCCUGGAUGAAGUUCGACAGUCAGGGUAAACUCAGGGCAAUCAACCCAGAGAACGGCUUUUUCGGUGUGGCUCCCGGCACGUCCCUGAAGACCAACCCUCAUGCCAUGGCGACCAUCGCCAAAAACACUGUGUUCACCAAUGUGGGUGAGACCAGUGACGGAGGGGUGUGGUGGGAGGGACUGGACCCCCCUUCCGCAGGGGUCUCCCUGACCGACUGGCACGGCAAAUCCUGGAAAGCAGGAGACUCUGGCCCGUGUGCUCAUCCCAACUCCAGGUUCUGUACCCCGGCGGCCCAGUGCCCCAUCAUCGACCCCCAGUGGGAGAGUGACGAGGGUGUGCCCAUCGAUGCCAUCAUCUUCGGGGGCAGGAGGCCAGAGGGAGUCCCUCUGGUGUACGAGUCGUUUAACUGGCGCCACGGUGUGUUUGUAGGAGCCUCUAUGAGGUCUGAGGCCACAGCAGCUGCUGAGUACAAAGGCAAGGUUAUCAUGCACGACCCCUUCGCCAUGCGCCCCUUCUUCGGCUACAACUUCGGUGACUACCUAGCCCACUGGCUGAGCAUGGAGACCCGCAAGGGCGCCACCCACCUGCCCAAGAUCUUCCACGUCAACUGGUUCCGGAAGGACCCCGCGUCGGGCUCUUUCCUCUGGCCGGGUUUCGGUGACAACGCCCGCGUUCUGGAGUGGAUCUUCAAGCGCUGCGGCCGCGAGAGGGAGGACGAGGCGGCCAAGAAGAGCAUGGUGGGCUGGGUGCCACUGGAGGGAGCCAUCAACCUGCAGGGACUGGGCAGCAAGGUGGACAUGGGUGCCCUCUUCGACCUGCCCAAGGCCUUCUGGGAGAAGGAGACCCAGGAGCUGAGGGCGUACUUUACCCAGCAGGUGGGAGCCGACCUCCCCCAACAGGUGGAGGGAGAGCUGAAGGCUCUGGAGGACAGGAUCAGGAAUUGAGAGGUGGAGGGACCAGAUGAUUCAGAGAGAGACAGUAUUGACUAUUGGACAUUACACUACGCUGAUGCUGCUAAAUGAUAUGGUAGUACUGACAAAAAAUUACUAACAAGCUAAUUUCAAUUUUGUGGAAACUGCUUUGCGUAUAUGUGGGUAGAUGUAAACCAAAGUUUCUAAAUUGUAAGAAAAUACAAUGAGAUGAUGUGACUGCAUCACUGAAGAAUGCAGUUCAUGCUAUCACACACUGUCAGUGGCUAUAUCAGUAGGUUGUAGGUGAUGGAGCAGAAUCGGUGUUUAGCAGUACCUUACUGACAUCUUGCAAAGAAGUAUAAAGGUAUUGGAUGUUUACAAGCUUUAGCCCAAAUAAUCUAAUCUAAUCAGGACAAGCUUAAAUAUCCAUAUUCAUUUAAACAUUUUUAAACAGCAUUUUUUUUGUCACUUUUGUAUUGUUUCCAAUAAAAAUGAUUAUGAGCUAAUGUUUACACAUGAGAAAUGUAACAUGUUGGACCAAUAAAAAUGAUUUAAUGUCAAGGUUUUUAUUACAGUGCAAUUAAUAAACAACCUCAAAUUCA